AUGACCUAAUAAAUAUUAUUGGCAUCUCUUUUUAUCUUGUUUUUGUAGAAAUGGCUCAUUGAGAAUACAUUAGUCUACAAAUAAUACGAUCAAGUCAAAGAUAUACUUAAAUAAAUGAAUAAUUUAACCACCUCUAACUUUUACAACAAUAGGAAAUAUUUUUCAAAUAAAAGAUCAUUUAGAUUCGACUUAUCUAAAUCAUAAAUACAAUUGAAUGAAACUUACUGUAACUAAUCAGAUACUUUCAAAUUUUAUCAUCCUGAUAUUGUAUUAAAAGAUAUCUACACAACCAGAGAAACAGAUGAUUUAACAUAAGAAAUAGUCAAAUCAAUCAGUUUUAUAAAAAUACCUAAUUACACUAAAGAUAAACAAUAAAAUAAGACAGCUUUACCAGAAGCCUUAACAAUUCCUUUUAAUUAUUAUGAUUCUUAUCUUACUAGAUCAAAUACAGGAUUAUGUAAUUACAUAUCUAAUUUAUAUAGCUGCUAUGUGUCUAUUUUAAAAGCAUAACCACAUGAGAGGUCGAUAAUAAUUAGCAUAUAAAAAUGAAUUACUGAACAACUAUUAUUAAUAUGUGGAUAAAUUGAAAACAAUGCCACAAAUCUGUUCAUAAAAUGUUACCUACAUACCUAAAUCUUACAGAUUAUGGUUGAAAGAUGAAUGUUUAGCAUUCUUUGAGCUUAUUAACACUCCAGAAUACCAAUAGAAAUUCCAAAAACAUGGACCUUAAUUUAUUAGUAAAUUAGGAUUGGAAGUACAUAGAGGAGCAGGGAUUACUAUGUUAUUUGAAAAAGAAACUAAAUAACUAAUUAAAGAAUAUUAAAAUGGUUAGAAUUGUGGUCAAAUUUCUAAAUACGUAAUCGCAUAAAAAUAUAUCAACAAUCCUUUUUUAUUUAAAGGUCAUAAAAUUGAAUUUAGAAUAUAUUUCAUAAUUGCAUCAACCUAUCCCUUGAUUGUUUAUGCUUAUGAUAGUUCAUUAAUUAGAAGAUGUGCUAUGCCCUUUGAUAAGUUUUCCUUAGAAAAAUCCUCACAUGUUUGUAACACUGCUAUUGUCAAAAAGAAAUUAGAGGGCUAAGAUUUAUAAGAAGAUUAAUCAUUUUUUAUUGAAUGGAAAUUAGAUUAUCUUUAAGAAUUGCUAUUACAAAAAAAAGCAAUAAAGAACAAGAAAUGGUUAAAUGAUUACCUCUAUCCAAAAAUACACAAUACUAUCUAACAUCUAAUAAUGAGUACAUAACAUUAUUUUGACAAUGAUAGCAAGUUAUCAGAAUUCUUUGGAGUAGAUUUCAUGAUAACAGAUGAUUUGUAAAUCUAUGUAUUAGAAGUUAAUUCAAAUCCUUAACUAUUGAAAACUACUCCAGGAAGAAUUUUAUAGAAUACAUAAUUAGUUAAUGAUAUUAUAGAAAUACAAGUUGCAUAUCUAAGAAGUAAAUAUGUUAGAUUGAGAUCAUUAAUAAAAAGAAUCCUAUCAAGUAAGUCAACAUUACAAAAAUUUGAUAAAGAGUUUAAAGAAGCUUACAAGGAUAAACUUGAACCUGAAUUCCCUAUCAGCUCUAAUAAUCUUUUUAGAAAAAUUAUUGACAAAAAUCUGAAAGAUUCAAAGGCUUAUAAUGAUAUGAUUUAGACAAAAUGUAUUUUAUGA